AAAUCACAAAAAUCACUAAAAUAUCACCAACAAAAAAGUAGGACGAACACACAUAACAUUAGACUUUUUUCUUUUUUUACUUUCUAAAAGUAGGUCCACCUUUUUUUCAAUUAAAAGAAAUUUGUUUGUCCCAUUUGUUAAGGAAAAAAUGGGACAAGUACAAAGCGAAACCAUUGACAAUGAAUCUCAAAGUGUUUCAUCAAACUCAACGAAGCACUCCAUCUCUGCUGACGAUUCUCCACCGCCAUCUCUUGAUUCUUUGAUUGCUGAAGCUGCAGCGUAUGGUGAAGAUGGUGAGAAUGAGUCCAUUGACGAGAAAGCUCGGAAAGCCCUAGAAUGCCCUUGCAUUGCUCAUUUACGUGCUGGCCCCUGCGGCAACCAGUUUUCAGACGCUUUCCUCUGUUUCCUCAAGAGCACAGCUGAAGAAAAGGGCUCUGACUGCGUUAGUCCCUUUGUCGCUCUUCAAAGCUGCAUCAAGGCAAAUCCUAAUGCAUUUUCAAAGGACGUCCUGGAGGAGGAUGGCGAUGAUGUGAAGAAACAAGCCGAAGUCAAGACAGAGGAGACACCAAAACAAGAAUAUAGAAUCAUUCCUCCCAUUUGGGCUGAAGAAUCAAAGAGGACUAAGCGUAAGAAGCUCUAGAAGGCUCAUCGUUAUCUUUCAUUGUUAGGAAGCUCUGGUGGUAUAAUUCUAUUACAUUGAGUACCAGUGUAUCGCAUAAUUGUUCUUUUGCCAUAGGAUUUACAUGAUCAAACUUUUGAAGUUUAUUAAAAAUUGAACUCUCGAGACUAGGCCAUCGACCCUUGUGGUCCUGCCCUUCCUCGGAUCCCCCCCACAUAGUGGUCGGACUAUACUUUUUUCUUUUCUUUUCUAGAGACUAGGCCAUAGCUUCUAGGGAAAAUUUGGAUUGGUGUUACUCUUUGUUUGAUACCAACUUUUCAGUGUUAUGAAUUGCUUAUUCAUGGAAAAUUUCACUCCA